GGCGCCCGCCGCGGCUGUGGCGGUUUGGUGACGACGGGUUGCCCCGCGGGCGCCGCCGGCCUACAGGGGGCGCUGAGCCCCGGAGCCCCGCGCGAUGCCCGCCGUCAGCCUGUUGCCGCUCUUCGGCAGCCCCGCCGGCCCGGGCGCCCUGGGCGGCCCUCUGGGCGGAGGUCCCUUGGGCGGGCCCGGAGGCAGGAAAGCCCCCGGCCCCAGCGGCGCGUUCCGCCUGACGGAGAAGUUCGUGCUGCUGCUGGUCUUCAGCGCCUUCAUCACGCUCUGCUUUGGGGCCAUCUUCUUCCUGCCGGACUCCCCCAAGCUGCUCAGCGGCGUCUUCUUCCACUCCAGCAGCAACCUCCAGCAGCCGCCGCCGCCGCCCCCGGCGCACGGGGAACACCAGCGCCCGCCGCAGCCGCCCGGAGCCGGGAGUAGUAGCAGCGGCUAUGGGGCCGGCGCCGCCGCCGCUGCUGUUGCAGAGGAAGCCGCGGAGAACUUGGCCAAGAUCCGCGAGGACCACGAGCGAGCUUUGCGGGAGGCGAAAGAAACCCUCCAGAAGCUGCCCGACGAGAUCCGCAGGGACAUCCACCAGGACAAGGCGAAGUUUCUGCUGCAGGACAAGUUGGGCAGGAGGGAGGCGGGGGCCGCCGGGCUGCCGGACUUGCCGUUCCGCAAACCCGUCGGGGCCGUGGGAGGGGAACCGACAGACCCCGCCAUCCGGAAGAAAAGGGAGAAGAUCAAAGAGAUGAUGAAACAUGCCUGGGAUAAUUAUAAACAUUACGCAUGGGGAUUAAAUGAACUGAAACCCAUAUCGAAACAAGGACACUCAAGCAAUUUAUUUGGUAAUAUUCAAGGAGCAACAAUUGUCGAUGCCUUGGAUACACUGUACAUCAUGGAAAUGAAAGAUGAAUUUAAAGAAGCUAAAGAAUGGGUAGAGAAAAAUCUAGAUUUCAAUGUGAAUGCAGAAGUUUCCGUUUUUGAAGUGAACAUUCGCUUUGUUGGUGGGCUGCUUUCAGCAUACUACCUUUCUGGAGAAGAGGUAUUUCGGAAGAAAGCAGUAGAACUAGGAGAGAAACUGCUUCCAGCGUUUAACACGCCAACAGGAAUUCCUUGGGCAUUGUUAAAUAUCAAAAGUGGCAUUGGUCGCAACUGGCCCUGGGCUUCAGGAGGAAGCAGUAUUUUGGCGGAAUUUGGAACUCUGCAUUUGGAAUUUAUGCAUCUAAGCCACUUAUCUGGAAAUCCAGUGUUUGCUGAAAAGGUUAUGAACAUUAGAAAAGUUUUAAAACGAUUGGAUAAGCCAGAAGGUCUUUAUCCUAAUUACCUAAAUCCGAGUAGUGGUCAGUGGGGUCAACAUCAUGUGUCAAUUGGAGGGCUUGGAGAUAGCUUUUAUGAAUAUUUGCUGAAGGCAUGGCUAAUGUCAGACAAGACAGAUGAAGAAGGCAUGCAGAUGUAUUAUGAUGCUGUUCAGUCUAUCGAAACCCAUCUGCUCCGAAAAUCUAGCACUGGUUUGAUGUACAUUGCUGAGUGGAAGGGUGGGCUGCUUGAACACAAAAUGGGCCACCUCACUUGCUUUGCUGGAGGGAUGUUCGUUCUGGGUGCAGAUGGAGCCCCUGUUGAUAAAACUGGACGUCACAUUGAACUUGGUGCUGAAAUUGCCCGCACAUGUCACGAGUCUUAUGAUCGCACAAGCAUGAAACUGGGACCAGAAGCCUUCAGGUUUGAUGGUGGAGUUGAGGCAAUUGCUACUAGACAGAAUGAAAAAUACUACAUCUUACGGCCUGAAGUUAUCGAAACCUACAUGUAUAUGUGGAGAUUCACUCAUGAUCCAAAGUACCGGCAGUGGGGCUGGGAAGCUGUAGAGGCAUUGGAAAAAUACUGCAGAGUAGAUGGCGGCUAUUCUGGUGUUAGGGAUGUUUACAGCAACCGUCAAACCCAUGAUGAUGUGCAGCAGAGUUUCUUCCUUUCAGAAACACUCAAGUAUCUAUAUUUAUUAUUUUCUGAAGAUGAUCUUCUACCGUUUGAACAUUGGGUCUUUAACACUGAGGCACACCCUCUACCAGUUCUGAAAAAAGAAGAGGAGGAAAAAAGAAAAAGCCAAUAAAAUAAUGCUGAAUUCUGUUUGGGGCACACAAUGUAGUAAUUAAAAUUCCAUCAUUUUUUAGUUUUGAACCAAUUAUUUGCAGUCUGGUGUCUACCCGUACAAUAUUUAACAAGGGACCUAAAGUAAUUAAUUAUAAUUAAACAUAUUUAUGUUUUGACAGGAAUUGUAACUUGUCAUCUCUAGAUUUUGUUAGGCUGCAGUAUGCAUCUGGCCAAAUAGAAUACAGAGGUCAGCAUGUUACUUGUUUUCCAUUUUGUUUUUGACUGCAAAAUCUUUUCCUCCUCUGUGAGGAGAUGUCUGCUUUAAGCUGUAAUACUUUGCUGUGUUGCAAAAAGCCAUAAAGAAUUAAGUAUGAAGAGCUUUUUCUUUUUUAAUAUAUGUUAAUGUGGUUUGUCUAUUACUAGAGACAAAUCUGACUGUGACAGCCUCUUCUUAUGCGGGUCUAUCAUUAAUUGGUAAUUUGAAUACUUUAGAAGGUGUUCUGUUCAUAAGAAUAGUUUCAUCUCAUCUUUGUGCACUAUUAUGUUAAACUGUGGCUUUUCUUGAUAGGCAAAGUCCAGAUGUUGAAACCCUUAUCUAAUAACAAUUUUAGAACAUAACUGCAAAUCAACUUAAAUACAAGUAAAUUUAGGGCCCUUUUUUUCUUUUCCUGUAUUUGGUUUCACAAGCAGCCACAACACCCAAGAGCAUAGCAGCUGCCAUCUGAACUUACCCUUAUCUACAACAAUUUGCAAAUCUCAAAACCUUCUGUUAGUGCAAAGUUUCAGCAUGAUUUGCAUUUGAAGGCACAACCUGGUUUCUCCUGAAACUUGUAAUUUCUUAUGAGAAAUGGGUUGAUCUGUGAAAUCCUUUGUGUUAAGCCUUUGCCCAUUUAGAGACUAGGACUGGCUAGUCUUGCAAGUAUGUUGAUUGCCAUUUCAGACAUUCCACUGUGUGACCCUUGGUAGAUACCAGGAACAAUGCUGUGGAAGUAGGAAGAGAAGGUGCUAUGCUUUAGAAAUCCACAUUUCAGCUUUCAUUCACAUUUGAGAGAUGGAAAAAAACCACUACUGCUUUAAAUGCUUUGCUUUAAAAAAGAUUCUACUCUGUACUCAUAUUAAUCAGUGUUAAUCAAAGUGACAGAAAUGGAAUGUUGGUUGAGACAGCCCAAUUUUUUUCAAUAACUGUGGUUAGUAGUCUAAUCAGAGGAUGAAACAGCACAGCUUUUUCCAGUUUACCAGUUGGGAUGCCUUUCUGAGCAGAAUAGCCUUUAAUUAGUGAUAGCCUUUAAUUAGUAAAGCUACUUGGCCACAUAGGUGCCUGUGAUUUAACAGGCACACACUGUUACUCUAUUGCAAACCUUUUUAUGCUAAGAAAUAUGAGAACCACAGAUUUGAUUCAACACAGGUAACUCCUUGGUAGCUGAAGGACUUUUUGGAAUGGUGCAUAAAAUGAGUGAUCCACAGAUUUAAAAAAACCUGGUGAUAAUCUGCAUCAGUUUCUGUGCUGAUGAACAGCUUUACACAAUUCUAACUUUCAAUAUAAUAGAUUUACCCAGGGCUAUGCCACAGCAUUUGUGAAGGCCAUAGGAAUGAAAUCUCUUAUAUUUCGAUCUGGUAGAAUAGUGAGAGAACACAAGCAAUAAUUCCCCCCAAAUUUAUGUAUUAUUCCUCUUUCUGUGCCUCUCCGUGCUACAUUCAUUCCCUACUCACCCAUCCCAAUUUUUUUUAAAAAAAAUUAUUCUAAGAUCAGGCAUGGCAGCUGAAGAAUCAAAGGAAACCAUGCGAGUUGCUGGCACACAUGAAUCUCUGGUUAUUACAAAUGAGUUGCCUAGCAAAUUUUCUUACACUAAAACUUGAUUAUUAUUCAAGACUGAUGUUCAGGUAAUUGGAUAUGGUGUUGGUGUAUGGAUUUUUAAGCCAUCACAAGAACCACUAUAAUAAAGUAUAAUAAUGAAAAUAUAAGCAUUUUUUUUUCUUUAUUUAACUAGAAUCGGUGUCACAUUUCUGAUUCUGGACUUCUGCUAACAUCUUUACAGUCCAGAAAAUCAGUUAGACAAAUUAAAAGAAGCCUUUCAUAUGCUAUGCUUUUCUGCUAUGUGUCUGUGUGCUCAAUUCUUUACUCAUUUAUGUGAAACAUUAAUUCCGAUGUUAUUCACUUUAAACAUUUUUAUUUGAAAAUAGUUGGAUAGCCUGAUGUAUAGAAAAUUAAUACUGUGGUAAAUCUAAACAUUCCUUUACUUUCUGUUAUGAGAAACUUCAUAUUUUAUCCUCCCCCCCCCCUUGAAGGAAUGAAGGGGAAAGAAGCUUCUGGUUUAUUUCUAGCUCACAGGCUAUAAUGCAUUUUUCAAACUACAAAGAACAUCCUAUUGUAUCACCCAAAGCACUAUUGUGUGUAUAUUCAAAGUCUAAAUGCAGAAUGGAAUUAAAUUCUCUAAUGUUUUUAGGAAAUAGUGGUGGCUUCUGCCAUAUAAAGAAAAUAUAUGCAACACACAAGCGAGAGGACAGGAUCAAAAUAUACUCAGCCAUACAGGUAUUCUCAUCUGGUAACUUGGAAUGAUGUAAGUCUGCUGGUGUUGACUGGCAGACCUCUGUUUUUAAGGUUAAUUGGUUCUUUAAAACCUAAAAUGGAAAAGCAAAUGCAAGACACCAAUUAAAUGUAGGGCAGAGUCACCAAAUUUUUGAAAGUUGCUAACUGUAUAAGUUUUUUUAUUUUUAAAUGAUUUCCCAAGCUUAAGUUACAGCUUCAACGAAAGAACCCCUCUUACUUUCUGUGGAAGCUAGUGUCAGUGGGGGGAAUCCAUCUUCUGAGCAAGUUCUCCCACAGAGGCAUCUUGGUAGAAUGUGAAUUAUCCCAUUUGAGAUCCUAUAUGAGGAAUAAACGUUAGAACCAAAAGCAGAGGGCAUCUUCUAAGACUGAGUCAAUAAAAAUGGCAGUGAUCUUGGAUUACCUAGUAUGGUUUUCAGUUUUCUAAUAUAGUAUUCCAUUUUUGCCUUCUGACUGAAGUCCUGCCAGCCUCCAUUUUAAACAGGCUGCCUUGUAGAAUUACCACACCCUUUUUUGUGCCAAUCGAUUGCUUCUCUUCACGUAUAAAUCUGGAACAUUUUGUUUAAAAAAUGUUCUGUAGAGAUAUAAUCUGCUAUGUAUAGCUAAGACAAAUUGUCCUGAUUUUCAAAGGCCACAAUCCAGAUAGUAUUUUCUGUUCAGUUUAAUAGGCUUUUAAACAUUCCAAGAGAUGGCAUCAUUGAACAUAAGUAGCCCUUUGUAACUUGCUCUUCUGGGCUUUCAGCAGAUGCUCAUACAUAGAAGUAUUGUCUGGUUAAGCAAAGCUCAGUAAACCCUAUAGCCCUCAAACUGUGUAAUGCCAUAUGUAGUGAAUUGUUAAAAAUAAUAUUCAGUCCAAUCCCAUAUUCUAGGCAGGAUACAUCACACCUUAAGCAUCCUGUUUCUCAAAAAUGUCCUGAUAGAAGCCUUUAAAGGGAAUCAUUUUUCCAACACUCUCGAACAGUAGUAUUUUGUCAGUGGCUCAGGUCCAGUUGACAUCUUUUAUUGCCUAAUGCAGGCAUAGGCAAACUCGGCUCUCCAGAUGUUUUGGGACUACAACUCCCCUCAUCCCUGACCACUGGUCCUGUUAGCAAGGGAUGGUGGGAGUUGUAGUCCCAAAACAUCUGGAGGGCCAAGUUUGCCUAUGCCUGGCCUAAUGCAUCGAUUUCUCCCCUAUUUGUUGCCAACCUUCCAGUGUGGACCUCAUCAAAACCCACUGGUGCCAUUUUGGAGGAACCUGGCCAAAUGUGUGAAAUGGUUACUGUGCUUCUGUGAAACUUUUUUUUGUCAGUCACUAUAAACAGAGUGGAAAUAGAAAUUUAUAAAUGCAGCAGGAAUUGUACUGGAUAUUUCUUAUUUUCCUCUUGCAGGCAAUUUAGUGAUUCUUUCACCAGGUUUAUUUUCCCUAAUGUAUUUGACACAAGUGUUUUGAUCAGUUACAUAUUUCUCUUUAUGGGAAAUUGUGAUUAUGGUAGUUUUUUGUUUAUUGGUCUUAUUAUUUGAAAGAGCACAAUGUUUCUAUAACAUACAGUAAUCAGGUUGUAUGUACAAGCUGCACUAUAAUGUACCUUUUUUGUAAAGUGAUGUAAGUAGACAAGAAGAUUGUAUCUCCCUGUAGAACUGCAAAGUGUAAGAGAAACAUGUUUUUAUAUCUUCAAAGCAGUAAUUUAUGUUAACACAAAACACCAAAGUAUAAAACUUCAGAGUGAUCACCAUUUAAAAAGUUGUAGCUACAGUCCUGAAAUUAUUUACAGUGGUGUAAAUAGCUUCAGAAUUAACUUUUAAUAUUUCCUAGAAUUUGUCACACAAUCAAGCUGGAAAUAACACUGUGUUUACAUUCAGUAGGAGUAACUAUGGGUGACUGAGCUAAUGCUGACCACUGUAUGUGUAAUUUAAGGCAAUUUUUAAUUUUUUUAAAGUGUCUCUUCCUGUUUCAACAGUGUCUAAAUUUACAUUGCUCUUCAGCAUAUCACACUGCAGUUGUUUAAAUAUAUAUUAAAUCCUGAAAUGCGAAUUUAAAGUCCAUGUUUGUUUAUAUGACAGCUCUAUGAUACCCAGUGACACCUUGUUGAUUCAGUAAACUUGUGUGGUCAUAUUGUGUAUUUUUUUAAUUAUUAUUUCUGCAUAUCCCACUUAGUUUUCUUCCACCUUUAUAGAAAUCUCUGAAGUUAUAAGAGAACAAAAUGCUUACUUUUUAAGAACUAUAUUUGUAAAACAAAACAAAAAAAAUCUAUUGUGAAUAAAGUCUUUUAAUACAG